GCGGUGGUGUGAGGAGAACGCGGAACCGCCGUCAUGGCAUUCCGGAACAGCGCUGCGAGGCUGCUGGGAGAAUCCUUAAAAUGCCCAUGGAGAAGAGAUCAUGAAAACACAGCAUCAAGCCUGCUGCAGGAUCACUAUCUUGAUUCAUCUUGGAGAACUGGCAACAGUCUUCCCUGGACAUUGGACAGCAGCAUUAGUGAUGAAAACAGAGCUGUCAUUGAGAAGAUGUUGCUGGAAGAAGAAUAUUAUUUAUCUAAUAAAUCCCUUUCUGAAAAAAUAUGGCUCAACCAAAAGGAGGUGGAGAAAAGAUCUAUGAAAAGCCCACAUAAGAAAACUGGAAAAGUCAUGGUGCGUUCGCCUACAAAAUCACCUGGCUGCUCCUUGAAGUGGACAUCAGAGGAAAAAGAGCUGUUUGAACAAGGACUGGUGAAAUUUGGCCGCAGGUGGACAAAAAUUGCCAAAUUGAUCAGCACUCGAACUGUUCUGCAAGUCAAGAGCUAUGCUCGGCAGUACUUCAGGAACAAGGCAAAAAAUGGUGAUGCGGAAAAAGAAGAGCAGAGUCAGUGUGGGAGCAGCCUUCCCAUGGAAGAUGGGAUAAGGGUGGAAGCUGGAAACUUGAGAGGCCGUGCAGACCCCAACCUGAACGCGGUGAAAAUCGAAAAGCUGUCAGAUGAUGAGGAAGUGGACAUAACUGAUGACAUGGAUGAACUACUCACUCCUGCCUUCCAGCAAGAAACAGGAAAAUCUGAAUCAUCUGUUAUCCCAAAAACUCCAGUUGAAGAAAAAAAAGCAGUGGAACAAGGUUUUUCAUCUGCUGGCCACAGUACUGCAACUGCUUUGCCUAAAGAAAAUCAUCAGCACACCAGGCCAGAGACAGUGGAUGCAUUGGUAUUUCCUGCUGUGGCAGCAACGUGUUCCCAGCACCUGAAUGGGAAUAAAUCUGUGAAUUUGGAUUGCCAGCAGUACAAUAAUUUUGUUGAGAAAGCUGAACAAGGUGGGCCAGUCACAUGUCAUGAGACUGCACAAGGAACUGAUCAGGAGCUCAGUGAGGCUCAAAGAGGCCUGGCUGAUAAUGGAUUGCUUUUUCCUUCUUCCUGCCAAGUGGAUGAAGAUCAUCAAGAGGAAGCAGAGGAGCUGAAGCCACCUGAUCAAGAAGUGGAGGUUGACAGAAGCAUCAUUCUGGAAGAAGAAAAGCAGGCUAUUCCUGAAUUCUUUGAAGGGCGCCAGGCCAAAACACCAGAGCGUUAUUUGAAAAUCAGGAAUUAUAUUUUGGAUCAGUGGGAGAGAUGUAAACCCAAAUACCUGAACAAGACCUCAGUGCGUCCAGGCCUGAAGAACUGCGGGGACGUCAACUGCAUCGGGCGGAUCCACACGUACCUGGAGCUGAUAGGAGCAAUCAACUUUGGCUGUGAACAGGCCGUGUACAACCGCCCCCAGCCCGCCGACAGGAGCCGCUGCAGGGAGGCCAAGGACACGGUGGAAGCCUAUCAGCUGGCCCAGCGCCUGCAGUCCAUGCGCACGAGAAGACGGCGAGUGCGGGACCCUUGGGGAAAUUGGUGUGAUGCAAAGGAUUUGGAAGGACAGACAUUUGAGCAUCUCUCAGCUGAAGAAUUAGCAAGAAGGAGAGAGGAGGAAAAACUGAAACCUGCAAAAUCUUCUAAAGGUUCAAAACAAAUCAAAAGUUCCUUUGAUCCCUUUCAGCUGAUACCAUGCUGCUUGUUCUCGGAAGAAAAGCAGGAGCCCUUUCAGGUGAAAGUGUCUUCCGAAGCACUUUUAAUCAUGGAUUUGCACUCUCACGUAUCUCUGGCAGAAGUGAUUGGGCUGCUUGGUGGAAGAUACUCUGAAGCUGAUAAAAUUGUGGAAGUGCGUGCAGCAGAGCCGUGCAACAGCCUGAGCACAGGCCUGCAGUGCGAGAUGGACCCGGUGUCCCAGACUCAGGCCUCGGAGUCGCUGGCAGCCAGGGGCUUCCAGGUCAUUGGCUGGUACCACUCACACCCAGCCUUCGAGCCCAACCCCUCCAUCCGCGACAUCGACACGCAGGCCAAGUACCAGAGCUAUUUCUCCAGGGGUGGUGCCAUGUUCAUCGGGAUGAUCAUAAGCCCUUACAACAGGAAUAAUCCUCUUCCCUAUUCCCAGAUCACCUGUCUGGUCAUUAGUGACGAGAUCAGUUCUGACGGUUCCUAUCGCCUGCCCUACAGAUUUGAAAUGGAACAGAUGUUGGAGGAGCCUCAGUGGGAAUUAAUAUUUGAAAAAACAAGGUGGAUAAUCGAGAAAUACAGAUUUUGCCACAGUAGUGUCCCCAUGGAUAAAAUUUUUCAUAGAGAUUCUGACCUGACUUGUUUGCAGAAGCUUUUGGAGUGCAUGAGGAAGACUUUGGGCAAGGUAACAAACUGCCUCAUUGCUGAAGAGUUCUUGACUCAGAUAGAAAACUUGUUCCUUUCCACUUAUAAGAGUGAAAAAAAUGCUGAAGAGAAUGAGAAUGAACAUUCACACGAAUUGCCAGUGUGAUGGCUUUGGAAUUUUGAUUUCAUUUUUUAAUUCCUUCCCCUCUUCUUCAUUAUGUCAACUCUUUCAGAAUUGUUACUCCUUUUCAUAGUGACUGUUAAAAAGACAGUGCCAUCUUACUGUUGUGGUUUAAAAACACUUUGAAAACUC